CAGUACUGACUGAGAGAACCGCAGCCGCAAGGACAUGCCACAGUCCAGGCUAGAAUCUUCAGCUGGAGACGGAGAGCGCGCGUUCAGUCCAUCUAAAGGAGUAUGAUUCCAGUGACCGAAUUCCGGCAGUUCACGGAACAGCAGCCAGCGUUCCGGGUUCUGAAGCCAUGGUGGGAUGUGUUCACAGACUACCUCUCUGUGGUCAUGCUCAUGAUAGGUGUGUUUGGAUGCACUUUGCAGGUGAUGCAAGACAAAAUCAUAUGCCUUCCUCAAAGGACAUUCUCGCCAAACCAGACAGAGCUGAUGUGCCCACCUCCUUCCACAAAUCAUGAAUCGACAGUGCCUGUCCGUGAGUUGAAAGGACUGAAGACGAACUUGGAUAUUCAGCAGUAUAAUUACAUAAACCAAAUGUGCUAUGAAAAGGCGCUGCAUUGGUAUGCUAAGUACUUCCCUUACCUGGUUCUCAUUCAUACUGUCAUUUUCAUGGUGUGCAGCAAUUUCUGGUUCAAGUUUCCUGGCUCCAGCUCUAAAAUUGAGCACUUCAUAUCCAUCCUGGGCAAGUGCUUUGACUCUCCAUGGACUACGAGGGCACUGUCGGAAGUAUCUGGGGAGAAUCCUGAGGAGAAAGACAACAAGAAGAACAGUGCCAGUAGGUCAAACCUUGAUACUCCAAUUGGCGAGGGCAACCUGGAGAAGACUCAAUCGUUAAGAUCCAUUCCUGAAAAGAUCGUUGUUGACAAGCCAGCAGCAAGUGUUCUUGACAAGAAGGAAGGAGAGCAAGCCAAGGCCUUGUUUGAGAAGGUCAAAAAAUUCCGCCUGCAUGUGGAGGAGGGAGAUAUAUUAUAUAUGAUGUAUGUCCGUCAGACUGUUGUAAAAGUGCUCAAGUUUAUCCUUAUAAUUGCGUACAACAGUGCUCUGGUGUCAAAGGUUAGGUUCAGUGUUACUUGUACUGAGAACAUGCAGGACAUGACGGGUUACCGGUACUUCUGUUGCAAUCAUACUAUGGCCCACUUGUUCUCUAAGCUCUCCUACUGUUAUUUGUGUUUUGUUGGAAUUUAUGGACUUACAUGCCUUUAUACAUCCUACUGGCUGUUCUAUAUCUCUCUCAAGGAAUACUCUUUUGAAUAUGUCAGGCAAGAGACCGGAAUUGAUGACAUCCCAGAUGUAAAGAAUGACUUUGCUUUCAUGUUGCACAUGAUUGACCAGUAUGAUCCCCUAUAUUCCAAGAGAUUUGCAGUGUUUCUCUCAGAGGUGAGUGAAAACAAGCUGAAACAGCUCAACCUUAACCACGAGUGGACAGCCGACAAGCUUCGGCAGAAGCUGCAGAACAACAACAAUAACAGGCUAGAACUUCAACUCUUCAUGCUGUCUGGUCUCCCAGAUACCAUCUUUGAGGUGACAGAGCUGCAGUCUUUGAAGCUUGAGAUUAUUAAUAAUGUUACCAUACCAGCAGCCAUUGCCCAACUAGAGGAUCUCCAGGAGCUUUCGCUUUACCAGUGCUCGCUCAAGAUCCACAGCGCAGCCACCUCCUUCCUCAAGGAGAACUUGAAGGUGCUGCGAGUGAAGUUUGAUGAUGCCCGUGAACUUCCGCAGUGGAUGUAUGUGUUCCGGAACUUGGAAGAACUCCAUCUGAUUGGCUCUUUGAGUUCUGAUGCAUCAAAGAACGUAACCCUGGACUCUCUACGAGAGCUCAAAGCGCUGAAGACACUGAUGCUCAAGAGUAACUUCACCAAGAUCCCUCAAUCCAUUGUGGAUGUGGCCAGCCAUCUACAGCGCCUCUGUAUUUGCAAUGAUGGCACCAAACUGGUCAUGCUAAACAACCUGAAAAAAAUGGUGAACCUAACAGAACUUGAGUUGGUGCACUGUGACCUAGAACGCAUACCCCACGCCAUUUUCAGCCUGAGUAAUCUGCAGACAUUGGAUCUGAAAGAGAACAAUCUACGCACCAUUGAAGAGAUUGUCAGCUUCCAGCACCUCCGUAAGCUGACCUGUCUGAAGCUUUGGCACAACAGCAUCGCUUUUAUACCCGAACACAUCAAAAAGCUCAGCAGCUUGGAGCGCCUCUACUUCAGCCAUAACAAGAUCGAGAUCCUACCUUCACACUUGUUCCUGUGCAACAAACUGCGCUACCUUGAUCUUUCCAACAACGACAUCCGUUUUAUCCCACCGGAGAUAGGUGUUCUCCAAAGCCUUCAGUACUUCUCUGUUAGUUGUAACAAAAUCGAAAAUAUUCCUGAUGAGCUCUUCUUCUGCAAGAAGCUGCAGACUCUGAAGCUUGGCAGAAACAUGCUGUCUGUCCUCUCACCAAAGAUUUCUUUCCUGGGAGUACUGACUCACUUGGAGUUAAAGGGUAAUCACUUUGAGUUCUUACCAGCUGAACUCGGCUCUUGUCGUGCCUUAAAGCACAGCGGACUUGUCGUAGAAGACACGCUGUUUGAGACGCUGCCUUCAGACAUCAGGGUACAAAUGCAAGCAGAGUGAUGACUGCUUUGCUUUAAUGCCAAAUAUUGUAAUCUGACUCCUUAACAGGCAAGGCUCCAGGUGUUCUGUCCUGUAGUAUGUAUUGUGAUCUAUAUGGGUGAGUACUUGCAAUUUCAUGUUUAAAGCUGGACUUGUGCUUAAUGGCCUUUUAAUGCAAAAAAGCGAGAGAAAAAUCUAGGUAUGAAUACCUUUUAAUGCCUUACAUUGUAUAUUAUGAAAAAGUCAUGUAAAAUGUACAAAUUUUAAGACUCUUUAUCUUAAUUUUCUAAGAUAUUUUUUUUAAACCUGUAAAUAAUAAAAGUAGACAACUUAUGACAGGGAUUCAUUUACAGACAGUGUGUGUGACAGCAAUUUCAUUGUAUGCUUUCACUGACAUUUGCUCUCAUAAUCCAUUAAGCUUUUGCAGGUCAAGUACUAUACAACAUGUUUUACACUGGAAAUAGCGAUAUUAGAAUUUGCACUGGAAACUUUAACAUUCCUUUUAUUUUACUUUUUGUGUGUAUAUAGGACUUU